GGAACAAAACUCUGUAUUUGUCUCAAAAUGUUAUCGAAAAUUGUCUUCCUUUUUGUAGUAUUUGAGCUUGGAGUUGGAAAUGCUGUACCAAUUUGGCGGAAUGAUCCCUAUAACUCCGGACUGUUUUUGAGAAAUGCAGCAGUACCCAGUGUGGCGUAUGGAUACGGUAGUGGAUUUAGCAGUAACAUCGGUGGCAUUCACCAAUCCAGUGGCUUUGGAAGCUCUUAUCAGAGUGGAGCAGGCGAGGCAUACGGCAUGGGUAUUGGAUCUUCUGAUGGAAGUGCACAGGGAAUCAGUUACACAAAUACUGCACCACAUUAUGCCGUUAACCAUGUACCAGUUUACCAACACGUUGCUCCAAAUAAUCAUAUUAGUACUGUGCCAAAACAUCAACAGGCUACUCCAAAUUAUCAAAUAAUGUCAGUCCCGAAUCAACACAGACCUUCUGGAGCUCACCAACACGGGGAUUUUGUAAAUUCAGUAUCCUCAGUACAGUCCCAAAAAGGCGGAGCAAAUCAUCAAGCUAACAUCCCAAAUCAUCACCAAGCAUCUAUGAUUAACACUGGACAUGGACUAUAUCCUCAGACUCACGGUAAUUUUGGAAGUUCAGUUUCUUCAGUACAGUCCCCCAAUGCCGGAUCUAUUGUAGGCGCUACUAAUAGUAAUUCAGGCCAUCAAUCAGCAGUGUCUUCUGUACAGGACCCUAUUGGACAUGGUUCUUCUUUUGCAGCAACAAAUAGCUAUCAGCCAUUUGGACGAAACGGACCACAUUUUGAAAAAGCUAUUACAUCAGUACAGAAUAUCGGCGGAUAUAAGAUAAAUGAUGCUGAGACUAUACAAAGCCACAGAGAUUUGCUGCAGAAAACGGGUGCAACUCAUAUUGAAGCUCCUGGUAUCCAGGUCUCGCAGGCUCAAGCAAUUAAUGCUGGCUAUUAUUAAUAAACUCUUAAAUUGUUCAAUUCAUAAAUUUAAGAGAUUCAUACAUUAAAUUAUUUUAAAUUAUUAAACUCUUCAUUAAGA